UGUACACGGGGAUGGUGCGCAACAAGAACGUGCGGCCCGUCUGCCGGCUGUGCAACCCGCGGGUGGAGCUGCCGGAGGUGACCCUCCACAAGGACAGCCGCGAGUACAACCUCUCCAUCCUCCUCCUGUCCGUCGACUUCAGCGACUCGGGGAAGUACACGUGCGCCGUCAAGAACCCCAAGGAGAAGGGGGCCGAGCACAACGCCACCAUCUCCCUGGCCGUCGUCGUGGAGCUGGUGAAGGUGGACAACACGCUGGCCAAGAUCAUCGCGGCGGUGGUGGGGGGCGUCAUCGGGCUCCUCGUCCUCAUCCUCCUGCUCAAGAAGCUCAUCCUGUUCCUUCUCAAGAAGAGGAAGGAGAAGAACAACGAGUGCCUCGUGAGCUCCUCCGGGAACGACAACACGGAGAACGGGCUGGCCGGUUCCAAAGCGGACCAGAAAUCUGCCCCCAAGGCCUGAGGCGGGGGAAGGGGGCCGCCGGGAGCCAGGCCCGGAGGAGGAGGAGGAGGAAGGCAGGCGGAUCUGUAUCCCCAGCGCCUGAUGCUUGAGACACGACUCUAUAACACAGCUGCCUGUAACCGACGCUGCUGCUGCUGCUUCCGCCGCGCUUGGCAGAGGCGCCUGCACACUUUGGGCUGGAGGCGGGUGGGCAGGCAGGGAGCUGCCCGCUGCCUGGGG